UGCAGGCAUAUAAGACACGCUUUUGUUAACUUCUCAGCCAUUAGGAAUGUUGCAGUUUGCCUCUUAUCUUUCUGGCCAAGAUGUCACAGAGCAGAUACCUUUAGUCAUGGAAAAGAGUAUCAGUGUCUGGCAUGCAAAUAGUAAUAGGGUAAGCACUUCCAGUUGGGUUUUCUUAGGAGGAUUGAUUUGUGUGCCUUACUGGGUCUGUGUAAGAUGGUGUCCUUUUAGUACUAGGUGAAUAUAAAUUUCAGGAAAUGUUUUUUUUCUUGCUGCAGAUUAGUGUAAUACAGUGAAAUUUUCUGAAACUGAGGGGAGGCAGUGGUUGGACGUCUGUUAAUAGCCUGAAAGUAACUAAUGAGGAUGUGCAGUCGAAACGAUUGAUUGAAUGAAUAGCUGCAGUCCUGUGUGUUUCUUUCUCGCUUGCUCUCUCUGCAAGCUGUAGAGAGGGAGGGGGAAGAGCAAGACAGGGAGGGAGCGAGAGAAAAAAUGCUUUCUCUUAAGUGGAAGUAGCACGGAUCCCAGGGGCCAGGAGGCCAGAAAUGGAAGUUUAAACUGCAUCUAUCUUUUAAAGGGAGAACAGCAGGAAUCAAAAUGUCAGUCUCCGGAGUCACGAUUUACUCCGUAGUUUUUAAGAUCUGGAAGAUAACACAGAAUACUUUUUUUAGGAUGUGGGUUUUUUUUUUUUCCCUUGUCCAUGUUGAGAUUAUCUAAUGUUAUCUGAGAAGCUGGAUUCCUAUAUGUCUGUCAGUUGAAGUGGAGAUGGGAAGCAGUUGUGAUAAAGAGGUGCCAGCAGAAAGGUCUCCCCGUAGACGGAGUAUCUCAGGGACCAGUACAUCAGAGAAACCCAAUUCCAUGGACACUGCAAAUACCUCACCCUUCAAAGUACCAGGAUUCUUCAGCAAGCGCCUGAAAGGCUCCAUCAAGAGGACCAAAAGCCAGUCAAAGCUUGACAGAAACACAAGUUUUCGGCUCCCAUCUCUGCGUAAUACAGAUGACAGGGCUCGUGGGCUGCCUAAACUGAAAGAGUCACGUUCUCAUGAAUCCUUGUUGAGCCCCUGCAGCGCAGUAGAAUGUCUGGAUCUUGGUCGAGGGGAGCCUGUAGCAGUAAAACCACUUCAUAGCAGCAUCCUUGGGCAAGACUUCUGCUUUGAGGUCACCUACUUAAGUGGAAGUAAAUGCUUCAGUUGUAACUCUGCUUCAGAGAGAGAUAAGUGGAUGGAAAACCUUCGAAGGACAGUUCAGCCAAAUAAGGACAACUGCAGAAGAGCUGAAAAUGUUCUCCGUUUAUGGAUCAUCGAAGCCAAGGAUCUUGCCCCUAAAAAGAAAUAUUUCUGUGAACUGUGCCUUGAUGAUACCCUCUUUGCUCGUACAACCAGCAAGACCAAAGCAGACAAUAUUUUCUGGGGAGAACACUUUGAAUUCUACAGCCUUCCACCUCUUCAUAGCAUCACAGUUCACAUUUAUAAGGAUGUGGAAAAAAAGAAAAAAAAGGACAAGAAUAAUUAUGUAGGGCUAGUCAACAUCCCCACUGCCAGCGUGACUGGUCGCCAAUUUGUAGAAAAGUGGUAUCCAGUGAGUACACCUACACCCAACAAAGGAAAGACUGGGGGACCUUCUAUUCGGAUUAAGUCACGUUUCCAAACUAUCACCAUUCUGCCUAUGGAGCAAUACAAAGAAUUUGCAGAAUUUGUCACCAGCAACUAUACCAUGCUGUGUUCUGUCCUAGAGCCAGUAAUUAGUGUGAGAAAUAAAGAGGAGUUGGCUUGUGCCUUAGUGCACAUUCUUCAAAGUACUGGCAGAGCCAAGGAUUUUCUGACCGACUUGGUGAUGUCUGAGGUGGAUCGUUGUGGAGAGCACGAUGUUUUGAUCUUCAGAGAGAACACCAUUGCCACCAAAUCCAUUGAGGAAUACCUCAAAUUAGUGGGACAACAGUAUCUUCAUGAUGCACUGGGGGAGUUCAUCAAAGCUUUGUAUGAAUCGGAUGAGAACUGUGAAGUGGACCCUAGCAAAUGUUCAUCUAGUGAACUGAUAGACCAUCAAAGCAACCUAAAAAUGUGCUGUGAACUGGCUUUCUGCAAGAUCAUCAACUCGUACUGUGUUUUCCCUCGUGAAUUGAAAGAAGUGUUUGCAUCAUGGAAACAGCAGUGCCUGAACCGCGGCAAGCAAGACAUCAGUGAGCGGCUCAUUAGUGCCUCAUUGUUUCUCCGUUUUCUUUGCCCAGCCAUUAUGUCUCCCAGUCUCUUCAACCUUAUGCAAGAGUAUCCUGAUGACCGUACAUCUCGGACUCUAACUCUUAUUGCCAAGGUCAUUCAGAACCUGGCCAACUUUGCCAAGUUUGGUAACAAAGAGGAAUACAUGGCAUUCAUGAAUGAUUUUUUAGAACAUGAAUGGGGUGGAAUGAAGCGCUUUCUCUUGGAGAUUUCUAAUCCAGACACCAUCUCAAACACCCCAGGCUUUGAUGGUUACAUUGAUCUGGGCCGAGAGCUUUCAGUUUUGCAUUCCUUACUGUGGGAAGUAGUUUCCCAACUUGAUAAGGGUGAAAAUUCCUUCCUACAGGCAACCGUGGCAAAACUGGGUCCUCUUCCUCGUGUUCUUGCUGAUAUUACCAAGUCCCUGACUAAUCCUACGCCAAUACAACAGCAACUGAGACGCUUCGCUGAGCAUAACUCUAGUCCAAACGUCAGUGGAAGCCUCUCCUCUGGGCUGCAGAAAAUAUUUGAAGACCCCACUGACAGUGACUUGCAUAAACUAAAAUCUCCAAGCCAGGAAAAUACAGACAGCUAUUUCAGAGGCAAAACAUUACUUCUUGUUCAGCAGGCCUCCUCCCAGAGUAUGACUUAUUCUGAAAAGGAUGAAAAGGAAAGCAGCCUUCCUAAUGGUCGGAGCAUCUCCCUCAUGGACCUCCAGGACACUCAUGCUGCUCAGGUGGAGCAUGCAUCUAUCAUGCUUGAUGUGCCUAUGCGCCUGACAGGAAGUCAGCUUUCCAUAACCCAGGUGGCCAGCAUCAAACAACUGCGGGAAACUCAGAGCACUCCCCAGAGUGCCCCCCAAGUAAGAAGGCCCCUGCACCCAGCCUUGAACCAACCAGGAAGUCUCCAGCCCUUGUCAUUCCAGAACCCUGUCUAUCACCUCAAUAACCCAAUUCCAGCAAUGCCAAAGGCCUCUGUAGAUUCCAGUUUGGAGAACCUAAGCACUGCCAGUUCUAGAAGCCAAAGUAACAGUGAAGACUUCAAACUCAGUGGACCCAGCAAUAGCAGCAUGGAAGAUUUUACCAAACGUAGCACUCAGAGUGAAGAUUUCUCCCGGCGGCACACAAUGCCAGACAGACACAUACCUCUUGCUCUGCCACGUCAAAACAGUACUGGGCAGGCCCAAAUCCGAAAAAUGGACCAGGCCGGGUUAGGUGCCCGAGCCAAAGCACCCCCAUCCCUGCCACACAGUGCAUCCUUACGUAGUACGGGGAGCAUGUCAGUGGCAUCUGCAGCCCUGGUGGCUGAACCUGUGCAGAAUGGGAGCCGGUCCCGACAGCAGUCUUCUUCCUCCAGAGAGAGCCCUGUUCCCAAAGUGAGAGCAAUUCAGAGACAACAGACACAGCAGGUUCAGUCACCUGUGGACUCUGCCACCAUGUCUCCAGUAGAGAGGACAGCAGCAUGGGUUCUGAACAAUGGACAAUAUGAAGAAGAUGUUGAAGAAACUGAGCAAAAUCAAGAUGAAGCUAAGCAUGCUGAGAAGUAUGAACAAGAAAUUAGCAAACUGAAGGAGCGCCUAAGAGUGUCUAGCCGGCGACUGGAGGAAUAUGAACGCCGGUUGCUGGUGCAGGAGCAGCAGAUGCAGAAGUUGCUGCUGGAAUACAAGGCCAGGCUGGAGGACAGUGAGGAGCGGCUGCGCAGGCAACAGGAAGAGAAAGACAGCCAGAUGAAAAGCAUCAUCAGCAGGCUAAUGGCUGUGGAAGAGGAAUUGAAGAAGGACCACGCUGAGAUGCAGGCAGUUAUUGAUGCAAAGCAGAAAAUUAUUGAUGCACAGGUCAUAAAUGGAAAUGAGAUUAUUCAAACAGGAAAAACGGAUCGUGUCCCUGGAUUCAGCCAACACCAGACUGAUGAGUGCGCUGACCCAAGUGAAGGAGCGGUACAGCAUGCAGGUCCGCAAUGGCAUCUCCCCCACCAACCCCACCAAGCUUUCCAUCACGGAGAAUGGUGAAUUCAAAAACAGCAGCUGCUGAUGGGCUCUGUGAAUACAGACUGUGGAAGGAGACAAGGAAAUUUACCAGCUCUCCUGUCCCCAGCACUUUACCCAGCCCCUACAGGUUUACAGAAUGUUGCUACAUCAAAAUGGAAAUAUGGGGAGAAACUCUUAAAUGAAGAAAGGAACCUUGUCUUUCAGGGCAUAAUGCAAAGACUUCCAAGGUCAAUGCUUUCCCUCCAUGUCUCUAUGUACAUAGGGAACUUAGUUCUGGGCCAUGUACAGAAAAUACCACUGUAAUAUACAAAAAGGAAGUUAAUAAUGUAGAUUACCUUUUUAAUUAUUACUAUUUUUAUUAUUGUUUUCCUCUUGUUGAAAGCACUGCAGUUGUUAGAGGAGGAAAAGUAGGAACAUGUAUGUGUGAAAUAUGAGCCUAUGGGUUCAGUAGGUAGAGACCAAGUUGUCUAUCUGAUAGAAGCACAUAGAGUGCAAUAGAACAUUGUCAGAAUGAGUUUUUUCAGGGAUUCAUCUGCCGGUUUAAAAACCCCACUCUAGUCCCUCAUCUUUUAGGAAAACAUGCAAAUACCAAGAUCCAUACAAAACAGUAAUUUAUGCCACUAAUCAACCAAGACUGGUUCUGUCAGGCAGUUAAUUAGAUUUGGGGAUUUGCUGUUUCUGAGGAUACAGAUAAAAGUAGUUGCAUCACAGCCGGACUUUAGGAGUGAUUUCUGUUGAACUCCUGUCAAUGUUUAUUUCCGCUGUCUAUAGCAGAUGGAAAUUUUCUGUUUUAGAUAAUGGGGCUUUUUAAUUUUUACUCCUGUUGUAAUAAAGGGUGUUCUUUUUCCUCUUUACAGUUUGUAAAACUAAAUAUUUGUGUCUCUGUAUGCCAUCUCCAUUUUCACAUGUCCACUGCCCUUUCCUCCCCAUGGUGGGAGCAGUCAUCAGUCAUCAACAGGAUUACUCUCCCCUGGAGAGGUCAUUCAAAUAUGCUGUGCUUAAGCCAUUCAAAUAAACACCCUUUCUUCCACACAGAAAAGGGCUAACUACAACAUAGCAGAAAUCUCUAUUUCCUGUUAAAAAUAUUUUUUUUUCUUUUUGUAAGCUGUAAUUUUGUUUGGGAUAAAGAUUUUAUCCAUUAUACUAGCAAAUCUAUGGGCAAGGUAAUUUAAUCUCCAUCUUCAACUUUUAAAUUGCUUCUUCCUCAGUAAAAUUUGGAAAGGAAAUCAAAAUAUGAAGAAUCUCUCUUAUGAGUGAUUAGUCUUGUUUAAAAGAAGAAGGAGAAGAAGGAGGUGGAAGGGAGGGAAAGAAAAGAAAAUCAAAAGUGUUAGAAUGGCAUAUUCCAAUUGUUAUUUCCAUGCUCUUGUAGAUUUGGCGAUAAUGACCCAGCCUCAACAUUUGUCCUCCAUGGCUUUAUUAUAGGACAGAUUAAAAGUCAUAGAAAAGGAUUUCCUUUUUUCCAGAGGUAUGAAAUGUCAUCUGGAAUGCAACUUAGAUUGCCAGAAAUGGAAUGUUACAUGUUAAGCAGACAUUAUAUAUACAUAUAUACAUACACAUAUAUAUUUACACAUGUGUACAUAUAAUUGCACAAUAGGAAAUGUUCAUGCCUUCUACACUGUCAGAUGUACAGCUAUAAUGUUAAAAGGGUCUUGAAUCCUCUUUAAGCAAGAUCUAAGCUAUUGUUUUAUAUUGAGAAAGCAACAAUGUUUUUCAAAUAAUGUUAUUUUAAAUUACAAACUUUAAGAAAAAAAGUUUUUAAAGGAAAAAGGGAAGAGAGAGAAAAAGACCAAGGGAGACAUGUGCAUAGAGUGAAUGUUUCUUAUAAGGGAACAAGAGAACAGGUAUAGUACCCUCUUGACUGAAGCCCAGACUUAGACACCAAGCCUUCCUUUCCACUGAAUCCCAGGCUUGCCUUCCAACUCUUGGACUCUGAUCUCUCUCAGGUGGAUCUUUGUAUUGAACUUUGCAUUUCAGCCACCUCACCAGAGCCCCCCAACCCACACGUUUUAAAUAGUUUUCUUCAUAACAACCCCUGUUUCUUCCAGGCAGAAAUCUUUAACAGGAGUUUUUUGUUGUGCUUAGAAGAAAUGCAGACUUCAUGCCAGCUGUUUGGUACUUGGGUAUUUUGUUGACCCUUAGUAGUUUCUGUAAAUUCUUUCUUUCCUCCAAUCUGGGAGUACACUGUGCUCAAAACCACUCAACAGGAAAAAAUAUUGCCAGUUCUGAAGUAGUGUCCUUUGUUGGAUAAGGGAGGAUAUAAACGUAGAUCUGUUCUUGAUUGUGGCUUAUUCUCGGCUCUAGCAAUGUUUAAUCCAUUCUUUGUAAAAAGUCUUCAAUUGUGCUGCAGAAAAACCUGGUAAAAAGGACUCCGUUUCAGUGGCCUUAAGUAUGUAACAAGGGUGAUGUCUUGUACUAAGGUGUGGAAGUUCUUCAAGGGUUGGUUAUGGAUUACAAUGGGCUUAUCAAAUUAUAUUAAGGGUUGGAAGGAGACAAAAACCAAGUAUGUUUUCAGUAAAUAUCUUUUUAGCAUUCUGGAACCUCUUUAGAGGACAAUUUGCAUUGGAUAAUUCAGUGGCCAAAGUAUUUGGACAGAUUAUGCAGCCCUCUACCAUCAGGUUAUCUUGAAUGAAGAGAAGAAACUUUAAAAAUAAUAGUGAUAAUAAUAAUGGAUAAUUAAAAGAAAAAAAGUUCAGAGUUGAUGUUAGAUGUUAAAUUUUAGAUUAUCCUUUGAGCUUACUCCUAUCCAGAUAUUUUUCUGAGUAUUUCUUUAGUAAAGCUGCAAUCUGUAGAAUUUAUUCUGAAAGAUUAUUUUUUAGGUAUGGAAGAAGGCAAUUAAUAGGGUAUAAUUUUUAUUGGGGUAUUGUUAAUUGACUUUGCUUCAGCCCAUGUAGGCACAUAUCUUUGUUUUGCUAGAAGGAGGUGUGUGGUUGAAGAGAAACUGAUGGAUUAAGAUGGCAGCCUAGCUCUCCCAAUGUAUCACCACAUGGUAGGGUAAGAAUGUACCAGGGUUGAAUGGAAUUUGGAAUUCAGGUAAAGUGCUUGUAAAGUGCUUAUCUAGAUAACAACCCAUCUUGGCCAAUAGCAAAGAAAAUGUUAAUAGAACUCAUGCAAAGAGCUUCACAUUUCCCUUUUGUAUCACUGGAGCAAUAAGUUUUUCAGACCAAAGCAGCAAAAAGAGUUAAAUUUCCAUCAGGCCAUUGUUCUUCCUUGAGCCUCUGCAAUAAAAGCCAUGGCAUGAAGGAGAUUAUAACUAUAACAAGCACUUAAGUACUUACUGUGUUCCAGGCACUACCAUCAAAGUACUUUUUGGGUCUAGGGCUGUCUGCAAAAUGAGGUCAUCAAGCAGCUAUAGCUUUUGCUUUUCUCUUGAUAACAAGUUGGCCAGAAUUAGCUUUCUGACUGGUCUGCUUCCACCAUUCUCUGUGAUGGGGUUGGCCAGUAAAGAAGAGCUAAGAUUUUUCUAAGACUGCUGUAGGUAUUAGCCUGAGCUUGAUUUACAGGGAAAACUUCAGAUCUUCCCUUUCUGUGGAUUAUUAUAUUGGUUCCUUCCUUAGACCCCUGGCUUUCACUGUGUCCUUGGGGGUACACCAAACUGGGAAUAGAGUUCUCAUUUGGAAGACCCAGAGAAAGACAACUGACAUCAAGAGAGUUUACAUUAGUAUUUGGUAGGCUUCUAUCCAGAUUUAGCUCUAGUCAUCUCCAGUUUGGAGUUCCUGAAGACUAUGUGGGACUGAGCUGAAGGAUGCAGACCUCUUCAGGGUUUCCUUAGUCCUGUUAGUCUAGUCCAUUGUGACUGAACUCCAAGCUUGACAACCAGACUGGACUUGUCACCGCAUCAGACCCAGUGGCUCCAAAUUGUGGAUUGGUGGUUCAUGCAUUUUCAGCUACAGUUUUCAAGUCCACCUUCUGUUACCGAUUGAGAAAGCCAAAAGGGCUUUCUUCUCUGUUCUCCUUCCCUUUCUCAAGUCUAGUAGUAAAAUCCCUUGCUUGCCCCAGCAGUAGUUAGUUGCCUUCCUGCCCUUUUCCUGGGAUACUUCAUUUUUUUUAAUCAAUAUAUCAAUUGAAAGGACUUAUGCUAGUUUCUUAAAAGCAAGAAAUGUUGAGGUGUUGAAUUUUUAAAUAGUCUCUUUUCAUCUUUGAAUGAUUAUUAGUUCUAGAAGCAUUCUCGUCGUGACCCAGUUAUGAAUGCUCUUGAGUUUUGAAAGGACAAAAGUGAUGAAAUUUGUAUGAAAUAGGAUAAAUAUCUGAUGAGAAAGAACCCAAGGAGGACACAUGAUCCAGAGCAGGAGUAAUGCAUAGCAGUCUCCUUAGUAGCCCAGAGGUCCAGUCUUAGUUAUCUUGAAAUCAACUCAAACAGGAGGAUCUAUAGCCCUUGCUCUCUCUUAAAAUGCAUCAAUUAUAGAAAGGCAGUUACUGUAGAAAAUGUACACACCCACAGAAAACACAAUUCCUAGGGCUUCCUUUUUAUGAAUGUUAAUGCAUUUUAUAUAUCAGUGAUUCCAAAACUUUCUUGGGUUUUUAGGUUUUGUGUUUUCAUUUAUUAGAUUUUAUGACAGUCAUUCUAUUCUCUUUAAAAUGUACUAUAUGUGUUAUAUGUAUAUAUAAGUUAAAUGACUUGAACUUGAUUUGGUUUGACAUUGUCUCAAGAACCCUAGAUAUCAUUACUGAUACCAUAAGGGAGUUAAAGAAAGAAAGUUGAGUAUCACUGUAGGACACAGAAAGAAGUAGCCUUGGUUCCUGGGUCAGUUAAUCCUCACGUGUUUGUAACCAGCCCAGCUAGGCUUGGCAAAUGCAGUGAGCCAUCCAAGGAAAGAAAGUGGUACUUUUGGCCCACAAUGCAGCAUGCAUUUUAAUUUCCUACUUGAUGGAUAUUUUUCAUUCAAAUGCCCCUUAUUGUUUCCCUAGGAAGUUUUAAAUUUUGGGACUUAGAACCAGAUCUAUAUAUUGGUGCAGUAGAGAUUUCCACAGAAGCUGUUUUAGGGGCCUCCAUCAUCUGUGUGAGGGUGCAAAUAUGUAUGUAUAAAUACCAUAUCUGUGUCAUUUCCAAGCUCCCAAGGGAAAAUUUCAAUUCCCAAUUCACCAAAAGGUCAAAUACUAAUCAACUCAAUUACCACUAUCUUGCAACAAAACUAAAACAAAUAGUAAAGGUUAAAUUUUGACUGGUGCUUAGACAUUUCUUAGUUAUCUUGAAAUCAACUCAAACAGCAGUACAUUUACCCAGAUUACACCUCUGAUUAAUUUACCUUUUAAAUUUGAUUUUGUUUCUCAUCUCCAGGGCCUUAAUAAGAAUGUGUUAAUACACAUGAAUAUUUUACAAUGAUAACUCUAAAUAAUUUAUUUUUUAUUUCAAGAAGGAGAAAUACACCUUAGAAAAACAAAACCCGAGAUUUGAUUUUAUUUUUAAAGCCAUAUUUUUGUGCUAAGUAGCACUUAGAUUGUUCCAUAUGUGAGAUCCAUAUCUGCAUUUCAUUACCUGGGUUUGUUCUAAAGAAGAUUUAUUUUUGUUCUGUGAAUAAUUUUUGACGGUUCUUGUACAUGUACAGAUAUAGAUACGUUUGAGGUCUUUUAUUGAUAUUCCUACAAAGAAUACAAAUAAACUUUAACUUUAAACA